AUGGAAACAACCCCACUGAGACUUCUCCGCCUCAAAACGACGCCGUCCGCUCUCUUUCUCUCUCCUCCCAAAUUCCACCGACCUCAAACAGCACUCGCAUUUCCCAAUCUCCGGCGAAGCGACGCCGUAAAGCGAACCCCUUUCGCUCUCUCUCACUCCUCCUUCUCCCCAAACCCUAACCCCUUCAGAUUCACCUCCUCCGUUUCCCAAUCGCCGUUUCCGAUCAUCAAUUCCAACCUCAACUACUCUCUCUAUCAUCAAAACGACGCCGGAUUCAGAUGGAGCCGAGCUUCCCGGAGCGGCGUUGACGGAAAUGUGGGCCUUUUGGGGCCGGAAAAGCCGGAAGUGGCGGUGGUGCUGCUGGGGUGGCUGGGCGGGCAGAGCAAGCACCUGAAGAGGUACGUGGAGUGGUACAACUCCCGAGGCGUUGACGCGGUGACGUUUGUGGUGGACGUGAAGGAGGUGUUGGGGUUUGAUUUGGGCCACCGGGUCGAGAAACGGGUCGCGGAGCUGGCCCGUGAGGUGGCUUCGUGGGUUGAGGGCGGAGGGGAACGGUGGUUGGUGUUUCACACUUUCAGUAAUACGGGUUGGUUUGUAUAUGGUGCAUUGCUUGAGAUUUGGGAGGAUAGGCCGGACUUGAUCGAGAAGAUUAGAGGGUGUGUUGUUGAUUCAGGAGCUGGUGCCCCUUUUGAUCCUAAGGUGUGGGCAGCGGGAUUCUCUACUGCAAUUUUGAAGAAAAACAGCUCUUUAGCAAAACCUGCGGUUGAGACUAAAGAGUUAAAUGCCUCUGGAGGUGCAGCGAGCUUGUCAAAGGUGCAAGAAGAGGAACCUCCAGCAAUUGAAACCAUGCUUCUUAUGGUAUUAGAGAAGCUGUUCUCAUUCAUUCUAAAGUUGCCUGAUGUGGAUAAGAGGUUAACCAAGGUAGUUUCAGUCCUCUCAACAAACCCUCCCCACUGUCCACAGCUUUACCUUUACAGCACGGGUGACAAAGUCGUCCCACACCAAUCCAUCGAGUCCUUCAUCGCAGAGCAAAGGAAAAUAGGUAGAACAGUGAAGUCCUUCAACUUCGGCACAUCCCCUCACGUCGACCAUUACAGGACUUUCCCCAACAUAUACUCUCAAGAGCUCAACCAUUUCUUGAAAGAAUGCUUGGCUACACCAGUUAAGCAGACGUAAACUAGUCCAAAUCCAGAUUUGUGUAGAUUAAUAAGAGUCUGUCCAUCUCUGCUGGUAUUGUGGCAACAGGAACAACCUCUUUCUGUAACUUUCACCAGGAAAUGAAUGCAUAAACUCAGUU